AUGGAGAAUAGUAGUGCCACCCACUCCUCGAGAGUGCCCAAUUCCUCCCUCCUGAAAGCCCCCGACAAUUUUCCACAAAAGCGCGCCUCAUCCUACCGUCGCCCGGUAGACGCGCAACCAACAUUCGUGCCAGUCGAACCACCUGCCACCGCGAACGCCAUGCCCAGCAAUACCGCCCGGCCAGUCGCCACAGCCUCCAAUGCCAAUGGCGUCUCCAGAGGCUCUUCGCACCGGCGGCGACAGAGUCAGCACAUCCCUCCUCCCACGACGGGCGCUAUGAACGAAUCGGUCCCGGCUGCGCCCGACGUCCCACGAGCACCGCCCAUGUCAUACAAGGACCCCUACGGAUCCAAGGCAAGCGCCAGAGGGCCUCCCCGGCAACAGUCUACCCGAGCAGGAGAUCCAGCAAUCCAGCUGAAUCCCAGCAGACAGCAGCCAAUUAUUCAGUCCGCCGCCGACAGACUCAUCAGUUUGCGAUCGCCACCGUAUGCGCCAGUCGAGCCAUUGUCUGGAGCAGUGGAGCGACGAGGGUCCCAGCGCAAGCCGUCAGUGCCUGAUCGUUCGCCUUUGCAGAAAUUGGAGGGCAAACUAGACGACAUCAGCAAGGAAGAGAGGAGAGCGCGCAUACUGGAGGCAGAGCUGAUAGCACAAGAGAAGGCCGAAGCCGAAAGGAGGGAACGUCGUGCGCGAGAAGCUGCUGAAAAACAGCAGCGUGUGGUUGAGUUCCAUGGACCGUCGGAACCAGAAGCGCCUAGCAAUGCUGCUCCUCCUGUCCGAAAGGCAAGCACGAGGCGUAACGUCUCGAUGCCUGUACAGAACAGGACAAUGUCCCCCGCCAUCAGCGACAUGGAAUCUGAGAUCGGUUACGACGUGAGCGAGCCAUGGGAUCCAUCCGCCGGUCAAACCGCCACCGCCUCCGCUCGUCAGCAAUUACCAUCGCAAAAGCAACGCGCAUCGUCUGGCUCGUACACAUCACCGCAUACAAACACCAACAUUGCGCGAAAUCAUAGCGUCAAAGGAAAAGAGCCAAUUGGCGUUGCAAGGGGCAGUGGCAGCUUCCGCGAUCGAAGUGCAGGCUCUGCGCAAAACAUUAGUAGGAAGCCAAUCGCAAACGCCGCUGGACUUGGCUUGGAGGGCGUCGGCGACACUUCAGGAGGUGCUGAAGUCUCACGCGCGAAUAGCAAAAGAGUCUCGUCGGCACCUGUUCCAGCUGGAAGGCCCGUGAGCAACGACAGGAGAAGAGACAGCAGGGGUAUCAUGGCUGCACAAAUGGAGAUGCAGCAACAGCAGAUCGACCAUAAAAACACUGAGCGAGGCCUGAACCAGCACCCGGUCCACCCAGUACAGCCACUGCAACCAGUACAGCCAUACAAAUCGCCCGUCGUUCCGACAGUUCCAAUAACACGCAAGAGUGUUAGCUUCUCCGGGCCCGAAUCUGAUCUGCAACAGCAGCCCUCUCACGAAUCUCACCAUCACCAUCAUCAUUUCAGACACGACACUAGCGACGAUGGCUCAGAGAGGAGAUAUGUUGCACCUCCCAUGUUGGAAGAAUGGAGGAAAGCUCCAAUAGGCGCCCUGGUCGCGGAAGAUCUAGACCUGGAUGCACCAGCCAGGGCCAACAACACGAACAAAGCGUGGUGGGAGGAGAGCCAAGCUGCUCGACGACGGCGUUCUAGCAGCGGCUACGCAGAACCUACGUACGAUGGCUAUGCGGACCAGCCCGCGGCGCAGACAUCUUUCAGCCCCGCUUUGUACCUCAAGUGCGGGCCACUAUUGCGCUACACUGGACUUCGCAGAGACAAGAGUCGCCCAGGAAAAGAGAAGGAAAUAUGGCGGGGCAGUGUCAUGAUUGUGACUGUCGAUGCGGAAUCCUCGUACACGAAGCCACCCACCCUGCGGUUGUUCAAGCAGCCUAUGGACAUUCUCCCACCGCCGCCCCGAGAGGUCGAUGACCAUGAUCUAGAUCCCGCUUAUGUUGACCCCAUCGAGGGACAAUACAAGGUUUCGCGCACUGGCAAAACUCUUUACGUGAAGCCAGUCGAUGAGAUUGCUGAAGACGAGGAUUUGUCGCGCAUCGAGGACGACACCGGCAUCUUCUGCCAGACCCGAAGCGCUUAUGGUCCUAACGGGUCAGGCGCUAGGUCCUCUCGCAUCCACAAGAAGGACGGCGAAAAACUAGGCAAGUUCCGUGAAGUACCUGGCGUACGUCUCCACGCUGAGCGCGGAGUCACAUUCUGGCGCUUCAACCUUGAGAUCGAGCUCGGUACCAGCCAGGCUCGCGUCGCAUACAGGAUCAACCAUGGUCCUGCUGUUGGCUUCUGGGUGCCUGCCAAGGGCGAGUCGAUGAACAUUAUGUUCCACAGCUGUAACGGGUUUUCCUUCAGCGUUGACUCGAAUCAGUUUUGUGGGCCUGACCCUCUGUGGCGCGAUGUCCUCAACACCCAUCAGAACACACCGUUUCAUGUCAUGAUUGGUGGAGGCGAUCAAAUCUACAACGACGCUGCGAUGAGACAGACAACAUUGUUCAAACAGUGGACAGAGAACAAGAAUCCACUACAAAAGCACAAUGCGCCCUUUACCGAGGAGAUGCAGAAUGAGCUUGAGCAGUUUUACCUGGACCGUUAUUCCAUGUGGUUCUCACAAGGCUUGUUUGGAAUGGCCAACUCCCAGAUCCCGAUGGUCAACAUCUGGGACGACCACGACAUCAUUGACACACCCGUCUUCACUGGCAUUGGCGCUGUUGCCUUCAAGUACUACAUGCUCUUUCAACAUCAAUCAGUAUCAGCCGAAACCGAGGCAACGGAACCGUCUUGGGUGCUUGGUAAAAGCUCAGGUCCAUACAUCAAGGAGCGGUCUCGCAGUGUCUUCAUGCAGCUAGGCCGCGAGGUGGCCUUCCUCGGUCUCGAUUGCCGCACUGAACGGCAACGUGACGAGAUCCUCACAGAGGACUCUUAUGAUGUUAUCUUUGAUCGCGUGGAAGCAGAGGUGAUCAAGGGCGAAACCAAGCACCUCAUUGUCCUUCUAGGCGUACCGAUCGCGUACCCACGAUUAAACUUCCUAGAGAACAUCUUGACCAGUAGGUUGAUGGAUCCGAUCAAGGCCAUGGGCCGUGCUGGUAUGCUAGGCAACUUUGUCAACAAGUUCGAUGGAGGCGUAGAAAUCCUUGAUGACCUGGACGAUCACUGGACAGCCAAGCACCACAAGGAGGAACGCAACUGGCUGAUUCGCGAGCUGCAGCAUAUUGCAUCGACCAAGUCCGUUCGUGUCACUAUUCUUGGAGGCGACGUCCACCUAGCAGCUGUAGGCCAGUUUUUCACCAACAAGAAGCUGAACGUCCCCAAGGAUAAGGAUCAUCGUUACAUGAUGAACGUCAUCUCUUCCGCUAUCGUCAACACUCCGCCUCCUGAUAUGAUGGCCGACAUCAUCAACAAGCGCAACAAGAUUCACCAUAUGGAUCAUGAAACAGACGAGAACAUGAUACCAAUCUUCACCCAUGGCGUCGAUGGCAAGAAGAGGAACAACAAUCACCUCUUACCUCACCGCAAUUGGUGCAGCAUCCGAGAGUUCAAGCCAGGGUCCACACCUCCUGGCACGCCUUCGCCACCCCCCACACCACAAGACGCACGACGACCUUCUCUGGGACAGAUGGUGAGGCGAUUCAGUAGUGAUCAAGGUGGUCGGCCUGGUCGAUCCCGUGGGCCUCCCGUGUCGUACUACAACAACCCAUCGAAUGCAGCCGCCGACGAACUGCAGACAGGUGCACACCAUCAGCCACAAUCAUCAUUUUCGCCAGAUCGAUCAGAGUCCGAGAGGCCUCGUUCCCGUCGUAACUCGUUGACUUCUCUGUUCAAGCGCCGCGCAUCUGUCGACAAUGUUCCUCGUCCGACUUCUGCAAAGAGCGUACCAGGCGUUGGCAAUCGCGGUAGCGCAGAUUACGGACCGUCAACCUUCCAUCGUCGCCCAAGUGUGCUGGGCAAGUCAGGCUUGAAGCAGCAAGGCGAAGGCGAUUUUGUUAACCUGCAGGGUGGGCUUGAGAUUUGCCUGAACAUGGAGGUUUCGCAGCACGAUCCUGCGGGUAUCACUGCUCCGUACCGCCUGAUCGUCCCAGCCCUCAACUACACUGCUCCUGUAGACGGUGUGGUGGAGAAACAACCUCGCAAGUCAGGCAUGUUCGGUGGCAUGUUUGGUGGUGCCAAGCAACGAAAGAGAGCGAAGAUUGGCGACGACGGCUACUCCAUGUCAGGUAGUGAAAGUGGUAGCGAACUGGGAGAGGUCUCCUCGGAGGAUGAAGAGGAGCGUGCGCGUGAGAAGCACAAAGUCGGUCCCAGGAUCGUCAUUCCAGGGUUCGGGUCAAAGAACAAGCGCAACUCGUUGACAUCUGCAAAAGCCGCCCCUGCUGAGAAUCGCUUGAGCUCAGGCUAUUACACCAAUAGCACUCAAGACGUAGUUCCUCAAAAUGUCGACAUGUCGCGCAACCUUGCGCCACCGCCACCCCAAGAUCGACGGCAAAGCAUGGACGUCGCUGGUGCUGCCGCGAGAUCCCCGGUUUGGAACUCUGUUGCGGCCAAACGGCACCUACCAGCACUCGUCCCGGAUCCUGAUCCAAAGGUGCACAGGAAGUCCAUGGGCGGUAUUCUCAAUCAACAUGGAGGCGAACAGUUUGAACAGGAGGCUCAUGUACUCAGCCAUACACCCUCGCGCAACAAGCGCGACUCGUACCCUCCUCAUCCCGCGAUCGUAGGAGGUGGACCCGGCUCGCCCUAUUCCCGCAACGGAAUGGGUAUGCAAGCCAGGCAGGACACUGGUCCCGGUGAUUACUUUUCGUCGGGAGGCCGUGAGGGCCAGCCUGCGUAUCCUGUACAUCCUGUACAUCCUGCGCAUGGCAGUCGAGGAGGCCACGCAACGCCUGGCGCCGAGCAACGCAAGCCUAGGCCCAUCACAGCGGAGUAUGCGCAGAUGCCCAGAGCCGGCUAUGACCGCACGGCUGCUUACCCUAGCUACCCCAGCAGCAGGAACGGCAGCGCCGGCGUCGGGGCCAGAUACCUUGGUGGAGGUCGAUAUGAAGACGACGACUACGACAGCCUGGAUGACGACGAGGACGAUGGAAGCCAUAGUGGAAGAGGAGAGGAGAUGAGUCAGGAGAGUUUUGUUCCGCCCAAGAAGAAGAAGUGGCAGAUUUGGAAGUAA